AAUUGUUUGAAUGUUUUACUUAAAAACACCUGUAGUGAAAUUGAUGAUGCCCGCCAAGUUUUAAUUCUUAAUACAAAUAAAUGUCAUUUUAGAGAAAAUGACCUAAUUUUCUUAUGGUUUAGUAGGAUAUAUUUGGAAGUUAUGACAAGAAAUAUUUGGAAACAAUUACUAAUAUCCUGUAUAUUGGGGAUAAUUUUAACAAUCUUCCUAUAUAUAUACCAUGGGAGUAGCGUUGUCAGAUUAGGUAAAAGCUAUAAAGAUUAUAAAACAAUUUAGAUUGAGAUUUUGCUUUGUAACUCAUAUAUUAAAGUUUUAGUAUAAAUAUAAACUGUUCUAGUUACGAUCCAUAGCUAAUUAUAUAUUUAAAUAAUUAACAUCCUAUUGGAAAUCAACCAUCCGUAGAGGCUAGGGAAGAGAAAAUAUUUAAUUAUUUACAUGAAAAUAUAGUUUUAUAUAAAAUAUAUAUUCUAGAUUUUGUAGUGAUAUCUUUCAUUUCGCUUUAGUGACUAAUCUUUUAUUAAUAAAUUUUAGUUAAAAGUUUUCGUACAACCAAGAGCCAUACCAUUUCCAGUGAAGAGCAAGAUGUAUAUAAUAAGAUAAAGAUUUUCUGUUUUAUUCCCAUUCAACAACGGAAUUUAUUAACGAAAGGAAGUGCUGUUAAAAGAACAUGGCUAACUAAAUGCGAUGGCUAUAUGUUUUUUGGUGAAAGAGAUGAUCCUAUAUGGCCAAUGGUUAAACUUCCAAUUAGGGAAAGUUUUCAAAAACUACCUGCAAAAACUAUGGCAGCUUUUAAGUAUGUUCACAAGCAUUUCUACGACUCUUAUGAUUAUUUCCUGAAGGCUGACGAUGACACUUACAUUAUCAUUGAGAAUCUACGCUACCUGUUAAUGUCUUAUAAUGACUACAAAGAUCAACCUAUUUAUAUAGGACAUAAAAUGAAGAGACAUGUACAACAAGGCUAUUUAAGUGGAGGUGCCAGCUACGUUUUGAAUAAAGUAGCAUUAAACAAGCUAAUAAAAGAUGGUCUAGCAAAUUCAGGUAAUGUUUUAGAGUGUACGAAGGAAGUAGGGGCUGAAGAUGCUACUUUAGGGCGUUGUCUUGAAAAACUUGGCAUUAAGAUAGCAAAUUCUUUGGAUUGUGAUGAGAAAGAUUCGUUUCAUCCUUUUAACUUACAAACAUAUAUCACGGGAAAUUAUCCAACUUGGUAUAAAACCUUUGCUCCAAAGGAUUUGAAUGUGAAUAACUGCUGUAGUCCUUAUACUGUUAGCUUCCAUUUCGUAGACCCUAGUCAAAUGGAAAUAUACCACUACCUAAUCUAUCAUAUGGAAGUCUACGGCAAACCUUCUGGAAUUCCCCAACGACCAAUGUUUAAGGCGUCUUUUACCUGA